AUGAUUGGAGAAGUUGCUACAGUGGAAGGACAAUGGGAGAGAGACGUUUGGUCUCACAAUUUAUUGGAGGAGAUAGAACUUAUACAGCAGUGUUUAUCCGAAUUCCCAAUUGUGGCUAUGGACACUGAGUUUCCAGGAUUUUUAAGAUGGACUCCCAAAGGUGUUUCAGAUGAAGAAUUUUAUGAAUGCCUGCAAUUCAACGUCAAUCGACUGAGCAUCCUACAGUUAGGACUCACACUCACGAAUGAUAAUGGAAAAAUAGGAAUGACGUGGGAGUUUAACUUUAAAGAUUUCGAUAAAAUUAGUAAUAUGGAGGGUGUUUAUUCCCUUGAUUCAUUUCUAAAAAAUAAAGGAUUUAAUUUUAAUACAUUGAGGAGCUAUGGAAUUGCUCCCGAAGAAUUUGGUAGACAAUUUAACCCUAUUCUUCGAAGCGGUAGAAUACAUAGAUGGAUAACCUUUCAUGGAUUGUAUGACAUUGCCUAUUUAAUGAAGCUUACCAACAUAACAUGCAUGCCUACGUCCAUGUCUAUUUUCGCCAUCACUGCUGCACAUCUACUGGGAACAGUCACCGACCUCAAACAUAUGGCUCGGUGCUCCAACUACUUGUUCAAUGGCAACCUGGGGUUAAAAAAAUUGGCUAAGCUGCUCCAAGUUAAUCGCACUGGUACUGCCCACUUUGCUGGGUCUGACAGUUUACUUACGGCGUCAGUUUAUGCCAAGAUGAAGAUAAUUAUGAAGGUUGAACAAAAAAUAGACGAAGGAUUUUUAUAUGGAUUACCAUAUCCCAUUCAGGGUUACAGACGACCCGUUGUAAUUGUAGAUCCAUCAAAGUUAACCGACGGUCGUAUUUCAAUUGGUAGAGGGUAG